UCUAACUUCUGGGACUCUUUGCGCAACUGCUAGGAUUUCUCAAGUGCAUGUGGCAACUCAGCCCAGCUCUGGGGGAAACCGACUUGGCUCCGGAGGUUCUCCAAGGCCGGGGGAGCUGUCACGACUGCGGCGGGGACAGGCGAGGAUCGAGGCGCGGGCGGUGGUGGGGGGAAACACCCACAACUUUCCACCCUAGCUGCAGCUCCUUCGGCCGCUGAGCAUUUCCUCCGAAACCACAGCUGCGGAGCCACCAAGUGCAUGGGGCGCAACACUUCCCCUUGUUGUGGGAAGUAAAGUAGCCGUCCCUCCUCCCUUUUUCUUUUCCUUUUCCUUCGGCUUGUCCUGGGAGCCUUUCCCUUUGGAGCAGCCGCCGUCCCGCGUCUGUCGUGUCCUCGGAGCAGGGAAAGUUCAUCAGCUUGAUAAUGGAGGAGAACAAUGACUCCACCGAGAACCCCCAACAAGGCCAAGGGCGGAACAAUGCCAUGAAGUGUGGGUGGCUGAGGAAGCAAGGAGGCUUUGUCAAGACUUGGCAUACUCGCUGGUUUGUGCUCAAGGGAGAUCAGCUCUAUUAUUACAAAGAUGAAGAUGAAACGAAGCCCUUGGGUACCAUUUUUCUGCCUGGAAAUAAAGUCCUUGAGCAUCCCUGCAAUGAAGAGAGCCCAGGAAAAUUCCUUUUUGAAGUAGUUCCAGGAAGCGAUCGAGAUCGGAUGACAGCAAACCAUGAGAGCUACCUCCUUAUGGCGAGCACCCAGAAUGAUAUGGAAGACUGGGUUAAGUCCAUCCGCCGAGUCAUAUGGGGACCUUUCGGAGGAGGCAUUUUUGGACAGAAACUGGAAGACACUGUCCGUUAUGAGAAGAGAUAUGGGAACCGUCUGGCUCCAAUGCUGGUCGAGCAGUGUGUGGACUUUAUCCGACAAAGGGGGCUGAAAGAAGAGGGUCUCUUCCGGCUGCCGGGCCAGGCUAACCUCGUCAAGGAGCUCCAGGAUGCCUUUGACUGUGGAGAGAAGCCAUCAUUUGACAGCAACACGGAUGUACACACAGUGGCGUCACUUCUUAAACUCUAUCUCCGAGAACUUCCAGAACCAGUCAUUCCUUAUGCAAAGUAUGAAGAUUUUUUGUCCUGUGCCAAACUGCUCAGCAAGGAAGAAGAAGCUGGUGUUAAGGAAUUAGCAAAGCAGGUGAAGAGUUUGCCAGUGGUCAAUUACAACCUCCUGAAGUAUAUUUGCAGGUUCUUGGAUGAAGUACAAUCCUAUUCUGGAGUUAACAAAAUGAGUGUGCAGAACUUGGCCACUGUCUUUGGCCCUAAUAUCCUGCGCCCCAAAGUGGAAGAUCCUUUGACCAUCAUGGAGGGCACUGUGGUGGUCCAGCAGUUGAUGUCAGUGAUGAUUGGCAAACAUGAUCGCCUCUUCCCCAAAGAUGCAGAACUGCAAAGCAAACCCCAAGAUGGAGUGAGCAACAACAACAAUGAAAUUCCGAAGAAAGCCACCAUGGGUCAGCUACAGAACAAGGAGAACAAUAAUACCAAGGACAGUCCUGGUAGGCAGUGCUCUUGGGACAAGUCCGAGUCUCCCCAGAGAAGCGGCAUGGAUAAUGGAUCCCCCACAGCUCUACCAGGUAGUAAAACCAACAGCCCAAGGAACAGCGUUCACAAGCUGGAUGUGUCUAGGAGCCCCCCUCUCAUGGUCAAAAAGAAUCCUGCCUUCAAUAAGGGCAGUGGGAUAGUCACCAAUGGGUCCUUCAGCAGCAGUAAUGCAGAAGGUCUGGAGAAAACCCAAACCACUCCCAAUGGGAGCUUACAGGCCAGAAGGACCUCUUCCCUGAAGGGGUCUGGUACCAAAAUGGGUACCCACAGUGUACAGAACGGAACGGUGCGAAUGGGCAUUUUGAACCCCGACGUUCUUGGGAGCCCCAUGAACGGUCGCAGCAUGAGUUGGCUGCCCAAUGGCUAUGUGACCCUGAGGGAUAACAAGCAGAAAGAGCAAGCAGGAGAGUCAGGCCAGCACAACAGGCUCUCCACCUAUGACAAUGUCCAUCAACAGUUCUCCAUGAUGAACCUUGAUGACAAGCAGAGUGUCGACAGCGCCACCUGGUCCACUUCCUCCUGUGAAAUCUCCCUCCCCGAGAAUUCCAACUCCUGUCGCUCCUCCACCACCACCUGCCCAGAGCAAGACUUUUACGGGGCUAAUUUUGAGGACCCUGUUUUGGAUGGGCCCCCGCAGGACGACCUCUCCCACCCUGGGGACUAUGAAAACAAGAGUGACCGGAGGAGUGUGGGAGGUCGGAGUAGUCGUGCCACCAGCAGCAGCGACAACAGUGAGACAUUUGUGGGCAACAACACCAGCAACCACAGUGCACUGCACAGUUUAGUGUCCAGCCUGAAACAGGAGAUGACCAAACAGAAGAUAGAGUAUGAGUCCAGGAUAAAGAGCUUAGAACAGCGAAACUUGACUUUGGAAACAGAAAUGAUGAGCCUCCACGAUGAACUGGAUCAAGAAAGGAAAAAGUUCACAAUGAUAGAAAUCAAAAUGCGAAAUGCCGAGCGAGCAAAAGAAGAUGCCGAGAAAAGAAAUGACAUGCUUCAGAAAGAAAUGGAGCAGUUUUUUUCCACGUUUGGGGAGCUGACAGUGGAACCCAGGAGAACCGAGAGAGGAAACACAAUAUGGAUCCAGUGAGCCUGCUUCCUCCCGCUGUCUCCGAUGGAUCUGGGAAGGGCUCUGGGGUUCUAGUGGGAACAUUAUAUGGGAUCAGGUGCUGGUCCCCUGCUGUACCGUGAUCUUAACUGGUGAAGGAAUAUCAUUUACAGACAUUACCCAUCCAUAUCUGCAAUGUGUACCAAAGUUACAUCAUGCCCCCUAAUGCUACUGUCAAGUGUUACAACUGGAUAUGUGUGUAGAGAGUAGUUUUUAAAAAGUAAACUAAAAAUGAGAAGCAUAUCUCAAGAAUUAUUUUAUUGCAAGUCUUGUAUUUAAAAUGUUAAAUCAAUACAUUGUUGCAAUUU